AUGGCAGAAACCGAGAAGAAAAAAAAGAAGAAGGCGGUGGAAGAAUUGUACAUAAAGCCAGAAGAGACGCAGAAGCCGAUCGACACAUCCAAGUGGCCGCUGCUGCUCAAGAACUACUCAAAGCUCUUGGUCAGGACAGGCCACUACACUCCUUUGCCGUUCGGCUGCUCGCCAAUGACGCGGCCACUGGACGCAUAUUUGCUCUACGGCAUUCUCAACUUGGAUAAGCCCGUGAACCCUUCCAGUCACGAGGUGGUGUCUUGGAUAAAGCGGAUUAUGAACUGCGAGAAGACCGGCCACUCUGGUACUUUGGAUCCCAAGGUUUCUGGAUGCCUGCUUGUGUGCUUGAACCGAGCCACGCGUCUUGUGAAAGCCCAACAAUCGGCGGGCAAAGAGUACAUUGCCGUAGUUCGAUUUCACUCCGACGUCGGCGGCGCGUCAAAGGUUCAGAAGGCCCUGGACGAGCUGACUGGAGCAUGUUUCCAGAGGCCCCCCGUGAUCUCGGCCGUGAAGAGGCAGCUGCGGGUUCGCACCAUUUACGAGGCCAAGUUGCUUGAGUACAACGCGAAGAGACAGAUGGCAGUUGUCUGGGCCUCCUGCGAGGCGGGAACCUACAUCAGAACGCUUUGCGUUCAUCUUGGCUUCAUGCUGGGCGUUGGUGCUCACAUGCAGGAGCUCCGGCGAAACAGGUCCGGUGUGUUAGAUGAGCACAAGUAUAUGUCCACGAUGCAUGACGUGCUGGACGCGCAGUACAUGUACAAUAACAUGCGAGACGAGAAGUACUUGCGCCGGGUAGUCAUGCCCUUGGAGCUCAUACUUACAAACUACCCCCGCAUUGUGGUCAAGGACAGCGCUGUCAACGCCAUUUGUUACGGGGCGCAGCUCAUGAUCCCCGGAGUCCUGCGAUUUGAGCAGCAAAUAGAGGUGGGCUCAGAAAUAGUCAUGAUGACCACCAAGGGGGAGGCUAUCGCUACAGGGAUUGCGCAGAUGACAACUGCGGUGAUCGCUUCAGUCGAUCAUGGCGUUGUAGCAGUGAUCAAGCGUGUCAUCAUGGAGCGUGAUACUUACAAUAUGCGAUGGGGCUAUGGCCCACGCUCAAGUGAUAAGAAGAAGCUUAUCCUUGCAGGGAAGCUGACAGAGAAGGGAAAGCCCAACGAGAACACGCCGAAAGCAUGGCUGCUAGGUCAAGGAAGGUGGAGCUACCUUCCGAAGCUGACAAGUGAAGAAGCUCAGGCAGAGAUGGAUGAAGCUCUCAAAGCUGCAGCUAAAGCUGGAAAGAAGAAGCGGGCCGCGGAGGCGUGUCCAGUCCUUAUUCGGGGUGCUUCGCAGCAUUGGCAUCAUGCAUGA